AUGCCUGCCGAAAUAUUGAUAUCGACUGAUGCGAAUCUUAUUCAAGAUGAGAUUUCGGAAUUAGAAAAGCGUCUUCACGAUGCAAAGACGCGUUUAAACAAAGUCCAGCCUUCACCACCCCUGUCUCCCUCACCUCAUCUUGCCGAAACAACUCAUUUUCUGCUUCUCUUAUCAGACUCGGCACUUCCUUUGGGCUCAUUCGCCUUUAGCAGCGGUCUUGAGUCUUAUCUAGCCCAUGAACCUCGCGCCUCGGCAUCCUUUGUCUCUUUUCUUCCAGCUUCGUUGUCCUCGUUCGCUGCGACGACGCUCCCUUUUGUUCUGGCAGCGCAUCGCAACCCAGAAAGACUUCCUCAGUUAGAUGACCAGCUUGAUGCUGCCAUUAUAUGUACUGUAGGCCGGCGUGCUAGUGUUGCGCAAGGUCGUGCGUUGUUGGGAAUAUGGGAUCGCUCAUUCCGCUCAAGUUGUCCGAAUGUUGACGGGCGCGCAUUGAAAGACUUUGCGGCCUUGUUAAGACAGGAGAGCCAGAAUGAAGUGCCAUUAGUUUCUGCUCAUCUUGCGCCCUUGUUCGGAGCGGUAUGCGCCCUUGUCGGAUUGGGAUUGCGACAAACGGCAUACGUCUUUAUGUUGAGUCACGUCAAGGCAUUGAUUUCUGCUGCGGUGAGAGCAAAUGUAUUUGGUCCUUAUCACGCGCAAAAGGUAUUAGCUGGGCAACAGGUACAGAGGAUGAUUGACGACAUGAUUGACCGAGAGUGGAUGACCCCUGUGGAAGAAGCUGGCCAAACAGUGCCUGCUAUGGAUCUGUGGAUUGGACGACACGAGAUACUAUAUUCGAGGAUAUUCAACAGCUAA